ACAUUAACUCAAAUAACAGUGAGGACGAAAAAGGGCAAAGAUCGAAGGACGGUAGCGCCGGAAACAGUGAAAACUUCAUGAAAAAUCUAACGGCCACGAACGAUUGAAUCGUCUUGCAGCCCUCCUCAUCUACUACACACCGUUGAUGGCCGAGAUCAGGUCGUCCAUUCUCAGAUAGGAGACGCCUUCGGCGUAAUAAGUUUUAGGCCAUGCAUAGCCUAGAACAUCAACAAUUGCCUAGAACCGUGUCUGCACCUUAACGGAAAUUUCCUUUUUCCUUAGCACUUUUGCGGCUGUUUUACGUGGGAGUUACCUGAACAUAGCCUACCUUACCACUGUUCAGUGCAGAGACCCUUCUUUGUUCUGGAGAUAUUUGCUUUGUUUAAUAUUAAGAUGGCAUCCUCCAGCCGCGUCAACACUAGCGCUACAGAAGGCUGUAAUGAUGUUACGAAAGAGAAUGCCCCAAAUGUGGAGGCAAACGGAUCCAUCCAACCCAACAAAUCGAUCUGCAGUGACCGCCAAGAGAUAUAUUUGGCUAAAGAUGUAUUUCUCAGUCACAGCGGUAAGCAGAAAUUUUUUGUUCGACAGCUAUACAGAGACCUCACAAACCAAGGAGUGUCCUGCUUCUUUGAUCAAGAUCCCGAAAGUUUGCCACUGGGAGAAGAUUUCCCUUCUCGUAUAUUUGAAGCCGCCAAGACAUGCAAAGCAGCAGUUUUGCUUCUCUCUGAGAAUUUCCUCGAAUCUAAGUGGCCAAUGCUGGAACUCUCGGCUUUCAUGGAAGCGAGAGACAAAACCCGUACAAAUCCCAAUCUCAAAAUUGUACCCCUUUUCUUUCUGGUUUCACCCGAUGUUCUUAAAAGCUUUACACCAGGCAACGAAAAGUGGAAACAGUUGGGGAUAUCCGAGGUAGAGCAAAACAACUGGUACCGCGCUUUGAAUGCACUACGGCGGACGAAUGGGUUGAUGUUCAAUGAAGGUGAUGACGAAGGGGAGUUCAGAGAUAAAAUUGUGAAAGAAAUCUGGCAUACAAUAACACCCUCACCAAGGUAUCAUGUCCCUCGGAUGCAAGGGCAAGUACGAAUGUGUCAGGAGGUUGCAGAUUUCUUCAACACUGUUCAUUCGGACGCAAAGAGAAUCAGUGUUGCAGGAUUGUAUGGAAUACCGGGCCACGGGAAAACUACACUUGCCAAGGCUUUCUGCAACUUCAAAUUGGGGGAUUUCGAAGGUAAAGUAUGUCAUCUGGAAUUUUCCAGAGGCGAUCCAUUGCAAAGAGUAAAACUUGCUCUGCAGUAUGUCACUCACUGCCCUCCAUGGAUUCUCCAGACACUGACAGAUCCAGAUCAGGCAAAAGUUGAGUUGGACAGAAGAGUGAAGGGCCAAAGGGUUCUGUUGGUUCUCGACAAUAUCACAGAGGAAAACAUAGACGAAGUGAGAUACUAUGUUGAGGCAGACUUCAGGAAAGAAAGUUGCAUUCUUUUGAGCGCACGCAGCGUAGAUGUUUUAGUAAAGCAUUUCAAACUUGAGUUGCAGUCAUGCAUGCGCGCUCCCAGGCUUGAAAAAGACGAGGCCAUACACAUAUUAUUAGAAAGAACAUCUAUAGAAGAGUCCACGCUGAGGGAAGACGACAAAAAUACUGCUUUGAAGUGUGCAAACAGAUGUUCAUUCAGAGAGGUCGGUUCGAUAGGUCGAACAUUUCAUCCGUUAGCCUUAAAAGCUUUUGGCGGCCACCUCUUCAGUAAAUACGGUUCGCAUCUGUCAAAAUGGGUUGCUGAGAUAGAUGACAUGGUAGACCGACCCGGUGAUGGUUUGGAUGAAGUGUUCGUUUUGCUGGGCAAAGCUUUCGAUGACGUGCGUUCCGAGUACCGCACCAUAUUCAUACUUCUCACCGUAUAUAUGCUGCCCAAUAUGUCUACCCAGAAAGUUACUGAGUGGCUAGCAAUAAUUUGCAACAAAGAGAUCUUGUUUAUUGAGAAAGCAGUUGAGGAUCUAUGUAAGAAGGCAUUUAUUGAAGAAUUUGGACCUGAAAUUCGUAUACAUGACCUAUAUAUUGAAUUCGCUCGGAGUAAAGCAAAUGAAAUGAGGAGAUGGCUGUGGUGGAAGGGUGACCCACCUAGUACACGUGGGUUACUAUCAUCAGAAGACAAUGCAGGGUUUGAAUUGGCUAAAUUGGAGCAGUGCAACCGUCGAAGACCAUCCCAGAUCGUCCCCCAGGACCUUCAAAAUCUAUGGUUGCUUCAGCUCCUAGGUGUGCGGACUGAGAGCACGCUUGACUUAGGCAAAAUGGGUCGUCUCAGAAGUAUCACAUUACACAAAUGCAAUGACCUGGAAGCACUUGAACGUAUGGAAAAUAUUCAACAGCUAGCGUGGCUUCAGAUAAGCGAGGUACAUCCACUGUUUAAACUUCCUGAGCUAAGCAGCUUCCAAGGUUUACAACAUCUUGAGAUCAACAUUGCAGUCAGCCAGGUGCUCAAUCAGCUGGGAGAUCUUACCGGUUGUGUUUCUCUGAGAGAGAUUAAUGUUUGCUGUCCAUCCCUCUUGGAGUUCCCAAGGUUACAUGGUUUGCCGCAUUUGGAGAAAGUGGAAUUUAGAGUGUGUAAGAAAGUGAAGGGGCCCCUCGACUGUACAGAAUGUGUGGAGCUGCAAUGUAUUGUCCUCGACAGUUGCUGCGCGAUGGCUGACGCACCGCUCCUUACUGGCUGUAAGAAACUAUCAAAAAUUUUAUUGCAAGAAUGUGAUGCAUUGACGACAUGUCCAGAUAUAGAUGUGCCAAGUGCUUUAAAGAUACUAGAAUUGUUCAUUUCAUCAGAAGCUGCGUCAGCGCCCAAAAGAUUAGAGUCUUGUUACGGACUGGAGAAUCUUCAACUAUGGAAUAUGCAGUGUCUGAAGGAGCUUCCAAGUUUCACGCUUUUAUCGAAUUUGACUGUGCUCAGGCUUGACAAAUGUGGUAUAAGGGACCCACCAGAUCUCACAUGUUGUGCCUCGUUGGAGGAUGUUUACUUUUUCAAACUAAUAUAUUUAGAAAGGUUUCCCAAUUUCUCAGGACUGAGGAAGUUAAAGAACUUAAGUUUAUAUGAUUGCUGGAGCGUUCAAGAUCCUCCUGAUAUUAGUGGCUGCAUUCAGUUACAGGUAUUCCAUCUAGUCUAUAAUGACAAUAUGGAAGGACUUCCAAACAUGGGCGAGUUUUCACAAUUAGAGGAAGUCAAACUGAGUUGGCGUUCUGAGUAUGAGAAAGGGCAUGUAGAUUGUGAGUAUUUUCACCCUUGUGAGGGUCCUCAAUCUUUUCAAGAGGAAAGGUUCCCGAACUUACGCGAUGCGGAAAUGUUUCCGCAAAGCCUUGAAUUCUAUAGGAAUCUUCAACCUUCUGUGGAAUUAGUUUCAAUGACAUUUGAGUAUAAUGAGAAUCUUCAAUCUUGGGUGGAAUGUUAUAACGAGGAAAGCUCCCCAAGCAUAAGUAAUGCGGAAAUGGUUCCCCAAUGUCUCGAAUUCAAUGAUGAUCCUCAACAAUGUGCGGAAAUGGUUCCACAAAGUCUUCUAUUCAAAAAGGAUCUUCAAUCUUAUGUGAAAAGGAGUGCUCGAAAUCUUCAAUCUUAUGUAAAAAGAAUGAUUCGACCACUUCAAUCUUCUGUGAAGAGGGUUCUCCAAAGUCUUGCAGGGAUGGUUAAAUAUUGCCUUCCAUCCUCGGAGCUCAUGAUGGCAUGUCGACCUCGUACUCAUGAUGAGGAUCUCACUGUUGGAGCUCCACAUUGUAUUCGUUAUGAGGAUCUUCAACCUUGUUUGGAGCGUUAUAAAUAUGAAACCUUCUGGAACUUAAAUGAUGUAAGCGCACCAGAAGCAUUGAAAGAGUGGCAAUGGCUAAAGGGCAAGAAAAUAUUGGUGAAAAAGUAUGUCCGUAGACGGAUUACCUAUUACUCUCUCACUGCUCCAUAUAGAUUGGGCUAGUGAAGCCAAUUUAAGAAUAGUCAAGAGUCUACAGAAAGAACAGAUUUUGAUUUAUAUGGUAUACAUUACUUUUUUUUUGUGUUGAAGAAAGAUUGAUAAUUGCAAAUCGCUGCCAAACAACUUCUAAAAAUACAUUGUAAACGAAUGGUUGUUUUAUGCAUGCACAACUUUAUUGGAGAUA